ACAACUACACUAAAGCCAGGCCACUCAUUCCAAUCCGAUCUCUCUCGCUGUCUACUACACAACACACAUCUCUCUCUCUCUAUUGUUACUUUCCAAUCUCACUUGCUCUAUCCCUCUCUAAGUAUUUUGUUUGAUUAUCGAGAAAACGACAAGGGAAACAGAGAAAGAGGGAACGAGAAAGGAAGCUCGCUAGCGAUGGCUAAGGAACAACUACAGGUGCUUAAUGCCCUGGAUGUUGCCAAAACACAGUGGUAUCACUUCACUGCAAUCAUAAUUGCUGGGAUGGGAUUCUUCACUGAUGCUUAUGAUCUGUUUUGCAUAUCACUUGUUACCAAAUUGCUUGGUCGCAUAUAUUACCAUGUUGAUGGAGCAGCCAAGCCCGGAACACUGCCUCCCAAUGUCUCGGCCGCUGUCAAUGGUGUUGCGUUCUGCGGUACGCUUGCAGGCCAGCUCUUCUUUGGUUGGCUUGGCGACAAAAUGGGUAGGAAAAAAGUUUAUGGCAUGACUUUGAUGCUCAUGGUCAUAUGUUCGAUUGCCUCGGGUCUUUCUUUCGGACACGACCCGAAAGGUGUCAUGGCAACACUCUGCUUCUUCCGGUUCUGGCUCGGGUUUGGCAUUGGGGGUGACUACCCACUUUCUGCAACAAUCAUGUCUGAAUAUGCUAAUAAGAAGACCCGUGGUGCUUUCAUUGCUGCAGUGUUUGCUAUGCAAGGUUUUGGAAUUUUAGCUGGUGGUAUAUUUGCAAUUAUCAUAUCAAGUUCAUUCGGUGCCAGAUUUGAUGCUCCGGCUUAUGAGGUCGAUCCGGUUGGCUCGACAGUCCCACAAGCAGACUUUGUUUGGCGUAUAAUCGUUAUGGUAGGAGCUCUGCCGGCUGCACUUACAUACUACUGGCGUAUGAAGAUGCCGGAAACUGCCCGAUACACUGCUCUUGUUGCCAAGAAUAUGAAACAAGCUGCAUCUGAUAUGUCAAAGGUUCUGAAUAUGGAGAUUGAGGCGGAACAAAAGGUUGAGGCCGUUCAGGACAAGCAAGCCAAUGUUUUUGGUUUGUUCUCGAAGGAGUUUCUCAGCCGCCACGGACUUCACUUGCUUGGAACAACCACCACAUGGUUCUUGCUUGACAUUGCAUUCUACAGCCAGAAUCUGUUUCAGAAGGAUAUAUUCAGCGCAAUUGGUUGGAUUCCACCGGCGAAGACUAUGAAUGCUAUUGACGAGGUUUUCAGAAUUGCAAGAGCACAAACACUUAUUGCUCUCUGCAGUACUGUCCCAGGCUACUGGUUCACAGUGGCUUUCAUCGAUAAAAUAGGAAGAUUCGCAAUCCAAAUGAUGGGUUUCUUCUUCAUGACAGUGUUCAUGUUUGCCCUGGCUAUUCCUUAUGACCACUGGACACAUAAGGAGAACCGAAUUGGGUUUGUGGUGAUGUAUUCAUUGACCUUCUUCUUUGCCAAUUUCGGGCCUAAUGCAACCACAUUCGUGGUGCCCGCGGAGAUUUUCCCUGCCAGGUUCCGAUCUACCUGCCACGGUAUCUCUGCAGCUUCGGGGAAACUCGGGGCUAUGGUAGGUGCAUUCGGGUUCUUGUAUUUGGCUCAGAACAAGGACAAGAGCAAGACCGAUGCAGGGUAUCCUCCAGGCAUUGGAGUGAAGAACUCAUUAAUUGUAUUGGGUGUUGUGAACUUCUUGGGAAUGUUGUUUACACUCUUGGUGCCUGAAUCAAAGGGAAGAUCACUGGAGGAGAUUUCUGGUGAAAAUGAUGACGAAGGAGCAGAAAUGGAACAGUCUUCGGCACAUAACAGGACAGUCCCAGUUUAGUGUUUGUUGUAGUAGUUAUCUUGUUGCUCUUAAGUUUCUUACUACCUGUGAGACUUUAGUAGAUAUUUACAAGGUUGUUUCUUGUACUAGUUCUUGCUGAUAUGAAUCGCUAUCGAAUUAGGAUUCACGUUGGAAAUUGUUGGAUAUGAAUUCAUGGCAAGUUGAUAAGAAAAUCUGUUUUCUUCAUCAGGAAUGUCGACCAAUGUGAAAGAAUGUAAGCAUGUAAGUGUGGUCCUAUGUAGAAGCUGAAAAGGAAUAAUAAAAUGAAUCAUACUUCAAUGACUUUGUCUUCA